CUACAACACACACACACACAUAUAUAUAUAUAUAUACCUAGGUAGGUAUAUAUAUUGCCAUUGUUCCGUAGAAAGCCAUACUUUCUCCGUCUCCAUAUGACCAGCUACUACAAGAGUAUACUCAUAAGAUUGUCAUGCGGCAAUAACGAAGACAGCAGCGAUACUGAACAACCUGUUAAAAAGAGCAACAAGAUACCCCAUAGAAAAUCUAGAACGUCCCCGUUCCGCCAUUUUUUCGACAAGAUGACGAACAAGUCCAUACGCUUGGUUCCAGAACCAUCUCAACAACUCAAACUGGAUUUCCAAAAGCCCAUGAUGGAAUUAGCGAACUCGGAUGAGAAGUCCGCUAACGAAAUAUUGUUGGAGCAAAGAGAAGCCGACGAUGAAUUAUACGGAUCCAAGGAGCAGUCUCAGCGACAUGCUCCCGAGGAUCACUUCUUACGGAAUGUACACAUAAUCGAGAAAACUCAACUGCUGAAGGCCGCACGCUAUAUGCCAAAAGGUGCACACCUUCACAUUCACUUCAACUCCACCCUUCUCCCUAGCGUCCUCUUGGAUAUAGCUAAGGAGAUGUCUAAUAUGUACAUCUCGAGUCCAACUCACAAGCUCCGGUCAAAAUCUGAUUUUGAUAAUUGCGAGAUCGUAUUUAUGCUUCACGAUUUUGAAAAGACGUUGAAGGAGGACUUAGGCCAGGAUCUUGAUUCGCAGAAUGAAACACUUCUUGCGCUGGACUCCACAGGCCCGAACCUCUUCCGUGAAGACUACGAACCGCGCCAACAGAUGCGCUAUCAACACUUCCGUGCCAUGUGGGAUGAGGAACGAAAACUCAGACAGGGCUUGAUAGCGGCAGAAGGGGGCCAAUCAGACUCAGAUGAACCUGAGGUUUGGGAUAUGAACAUGGAAUGCGACAAAUGGCUUACGAAUAAGCUUAUAUUCACCAAAGAGGAAAUAGACAUCAUUUUCAAUGAAGCAGAUAAGCCCUCAGACCAAAAAAUCUACUCAGAGACACAAGAAGAGAAGGAAGCAAGGCAACAGAAAGCUGAGGAGUCAGGUUGGCCUAAGGACAUUGAAUUAAAUUAUCAAGCCAGCCCAUACAAAAACAUCCGAGAGAGAGCAGCAAGGGCAUGGGAGAAGUUUAACGGGCGUACAAGGAUGAUGAAAGGCUUGUUCAACUACGAAAAGGCGUUCAGGGCAUAUACUCGGAAGUGUUUAGAGGAGUUCGUCAGGGAGAAUGUUCAAUAUGCUGAAAUUCGACCAAAUUUCAUGAAAAGCAACCAAGUCCUCCGUGACAGCGGAUCAGGAGGCUUCGAUAACUUUGGGUUGAUGGAAAUUAUUGUGGAGGAAUACGAAAGAUUCAUGAAAGAUAUCGGUGACAUGGAUGAAAAUGGCCAGAUAAAGGAGAAUCGAGUAUUGGACUCAGAAGGCAAUCCAAUUUACCCAGAUAACGGCGAUAUCCCUCUGAGCAACGACCACAGACCAUCGUUUGGAGGUAUGAAGGUUAUAUACUGCACACCUCGAUCCUUUGCAAAGGCAAUGGUGAAGGACGCCUUACAGGAAUGCAUACAGAUGAAGAAGCGGUGGCCACAAUACAUCGCCGGGUUCGAUUUAGUGGGCGAAGAGUCUUACGACAAGCCACAUGGAUUAAGAUACUUCGAAGAUGAAUUCAGGCAGUUCCAGGAGAACUGUGAGGCAGAGGAGCUCGACAUCCCGUUCUUGUUCCACUGCGGUGAAACCCCGGACGAUAUCGAAGAUAACUUGGAUUGUGCCUUGGACCUCAAUGCGAAGAGAGUUGGUCAUGGUUAUGCUUUGCCUCAUAAGCCAGACCUCAUGGAGCAGAUGAGGGAAAAGAAUGUCUGCGUGGAAGCGUGUCCGAUUUCGAACAUGAUCCUCGGACUAACAGAAUAUAUGAAUGAGCAUCGAAUAUACGAUUUACUCGCCCAUGAGAUUCACUGUUCACUGAAUAGCGACAACGGAACCAUAUUUGGAUCUACGUUGUCACACGACUUUUACGAAGUCAUGGUGGGUAACCGAAAUAUGAAUCUUUAUGGUUGGCGCCAACUUGCUAGAUGGAGCUUGGAUCAUUCUUGUAUGAGCCAAGUUGAACGAGAACGGGUUUUAGUUGAAUGGGAACGACGAUGGAAGGAGGAGUUCAUCCCACAGAUACUAGAAGAGAACCCCGACUAUCGUCCAGCGAGAUUGGAUAAACUAGAGUACGCCAAGAGGAUUCAAAACACUCGGGAAGCUGAGGCUGAAUUUAACGCCUAACAAUAUUACGCAUCUCGGAUAUUCUAUUUAGUCAGGCUUGAUUAAAUCUCUCCUAAUGGGUUCCAGGGUUUGGAUAUUCACCGGUUACGGGAUACGAUUUAUUAUGAUAUUUAGAUUAACAUGAUGCGUCUAGGCUGGGGACAAUAGAGUCGAGUUGUCAUACU